AAACUUCUGCCCUGAUGCUUCAAGAAGCACCUGUCGUCCCAACAUCCUUUGCGUGUCCAAUAUGGAAGAACUGGUGGUGGAGGUCCGUGGCUCCAACGGGGCUUAUUACAAGGGCUUUGUCAAAGACAUCCACGAUGACUCUCUCUCCAUUGCCUUUGAGAACAAUUGGCAGCCAGAACGCCAGGUGCCCUUCAGUGAUGUCAGGUUGCCACCACCUGCUGACACCAAGAAGGAGAUUGGAGAAGGCGAGGAGGUGGAGAUCUUCUCCAGAGCCAAUGAACAGGAACCUUGUGGAUGGUGGUUAGCCAAAGUCCGCAUGAUGAAAGGAGAUUUCUAUGUGAUUGAGUAUGCAGCCUGUGAUGCCACCUACAAUGAAAUUGUGACCUUCGAGCGUCUGCGUCCAGUCAACACCAACAAGGCCAUCACCAAGAACUCCUUUCACAAGUGCACUGUCCCUGUUCCCCAGGAUCUACAAGAAGCGUGCCAGAGUGAGAAUGCCCACAAGGACUUUAAGAAAGCUGUGGGAGCCUGUCGCAUCUCAUACUGCCCCGAGACCAGUCAGCUAGUGAUUGUGUCUACCAAUGAGACAACAGCAAAACGUGUGACUUUGCUGAGUGACAUGCAUCUGCGGAGCCUGAGAACCAAGCUGCUUUUAAUGUCACGCAACCAGGAGGCCACAAAACACCUGGAGAACUCCAGACACCUGGUGUCGUCCUUCCAGGAGGAGUUUAUGGUGAGACCGGAUCUGAUGGGCCUGGCCAUCGGAAGCCAUGGCAGCAACAUCCAGCAAGCACGGAAGGUUCCAGGCGUCACUGCCAUUGAGCUGGAUGAGGAGACAGGGACAUUCAGGAUUUAUGGAGAGACAGCAGAGGCAGUUAAGAAGGCCAGGAGCUACUUGGAGUUUCUGGAGGAUUCUGUUCAGGUGCCGAGGAACCUUGUUGGCAAAGUAAUCGGUAAGAACGGUAAGGUCAUCCAGGAGAUUGUGGACAAAUCCGGAGUGGUGAGGGUCCGGAUAGAAGGAGACAAUGAUAACAAGCAGCCUAGACAAGAAUUGACACAGGGAAUGGUCCCAUUCACCUUUGUCGGUACUAAGGAGAGUAUCGGUAAUGUUCAGGUCUUGUUGGAGUACCACAUCUCUUACCUCAAUGACAUGGUGAGGCUUCUUGAGGAGGGCCAGCUGCUAGAGGAAGAGCUGAGGGAGAGGAGACUAGCAAGAUUGAACAUAAGAUGCACAAGGCGAAGUGGAUGUUUUUUAGAUGAGGUUGAGCAGCUUCGUCUGGAGCGGUUGCAGAUUGAUGAACAGUUACGUCAGAUCACCCAGGGUCACCGACCAGUUGACAGGGAGAGAGGAGAGAGAGGGGAGAGAGGAGGAGGAUAUAAUGCUGACAACAGUGCCAAUGCCUCUUCAUCCUCCUUGCAUGUCAGUCGCUCCUACAACGGUCGAGGCCGUGGGCGCAGAGGCCACAGCUACAGCACUGGAUACGGCACAAACUCAGAGCAGUCCAACGCCUCUGAGACUGAUUCAGAGCGCAGGGAUGAGCUGAGUGACUGGUCACUGGCUGGAGAGGACCACGACAGGGACAGAGAUAGAGGCUCACGGCCACAAAGAGACGGCCGCAGGAGACCAGGACCCGGCAGAGGCCGAGGGGGGCCUGGAGGACGGGGAAGAGGAGCAAGAGGAGGAUACAGUUCUGUAGGGCAUCGGGACCAUGACGACAACCACGCCUAUGGAGUCAUAGAGACAAACACAGAGACAGACCAGACAGCCGAUACCGAUGCCAGUGAGUCCAACUUGCCUGCAAACCGCCGCCGAAGGUCUCGAAGACGCAGAACAGAUGAGGAUGCUACACUGAUGGAUGGCAUGAGCGAGUCUGACAACGCCUCAAUGAGUGAAAAUGGAAUAGUGACUGUGGCCGACUACAUAUCCAGGGCUGAAUCUCAGAGCAGACAGAUGACCACCAAGGACUCCAAGAAAAGCAAAGAUGUGGGUCAGGUGGACGUCAUCGCUGAGCACAGCCCGCAGUCCGCCCCGGCAGCCACCAAUGGUUCCAGCAACAGCACUGCCGACGGCGAGGGCAACAACGACACCAGAGGUCCCAGGUCUUCCAGCGACAGGCCUGCCAAAGUGUCCUACAAGGAGGACCCCAGCCCACAAGCUGUUGUUAACGGGCUCUCCUAGUCAGAUCUGAGCAAAGGAAAUGGUUUCAAAUAUUCUGUGGCUGCACUGGAUUGAAUCUCCGUGACUCUGGAGCAGCCUCAAAGGAGAAUCUUAACAUUUAAAUACAAAUAGCACUGUUCUUUUUUACUUUACAAAUAUUUGAAACCUGUUCCGCUGUGCAAGUUUUAGAGGUCGAAACCUUAACCUUCCCUUUACACGUAUUCUGUCCAACUAUCCAUUUUACUACAGUUUUGUUUUGUUUUUACAAUAGUUCUUCCUGUAUCAGCUUGCCAAAGAUAGUCAAACACACACAGACUCACAGACAUGUACAUGAGCUGUACUUUUCAGCCCUCUCUUCAUUGAGCACUCUGGGUUGGACUGAAUACAGUAUUUAUACAUAAAAUGCAGACAGGGAUUCCACUCAAACCCAUACUGUGGUAUAAAUGCAGCAGUACUUUUUUAUGGUAAAAAAAUAAUAAUCUUGCAGGGUUUUAGAACAAAUCAAUGCCUGCCUUGUACCAGGUGGACUCAGAAAGAUGCUUCCACAACCUUUGUUCAGGAUGCUUUGUGCAUCUGAAGUAGUUUGUAAAUUAGAUGUUCUGCAUGAGCAGUAACACGGUGCAGACAGGUUUCUUGGAAUCCCAGGUAUGUUUGACAUACAUGCGAUCAGCUGUUGUGCCUUGAGAGUAGAUUCAACAUGUUGUUGCCUGGCUCUGCACACCAUCUGAAAUCCUUUCACCUAUUUCUGUGUUGCCUGUGUGCCUUCAUCUGCUGCAGUGGAACCAUAUAAGGUGUCUCCAUGCGCUAAAAGUUCUCCUAUGUGUGUACUGUGGGCAGCUGAAGGCAAACACUGAAAUGCCCUAAAAGGAUUUCAGAGGCAUCUUUUUAAAAUCAGGUGUGUCUUGUUCUUAAUGUUGUGGGAAGGGGGGGAUGAAUCCAGUUAUCCUUUCUAUAUAUAUAUAUAUAUAUAAAUCUGUUGAGGAGUUUGACAUUAGCUGCUUCCUGUUUUUCAAUAUGCAACCACUUCAGUCAUAGAUGAAAUGUUAUUACAGCGUGUCUGGAAAAGAAACAAUAGAGGAGUUGUUUUCUUUGCACUGAAACGUAACCUUUUGUGUUGAAGAGCUGAUUGUAGUUGAGUCUGGAAACUGGUCCGUUACUGUUUAGUGCUGGACAGAAAUGUAGCCAUCAGAGCUGGGUUUCCUGGGAACAUCUCACUGCUAAACAUUGGGCAGGUUCAUCCUCAGUGCUGUUUCACCUGCAGAUUCAAAGCAUGUUUCUGUGCCCACUUUUACUAAAGCCCUGGAAGAACAUGACCACCCUGGUGUUGAGGUGAUUCUAGGAAACCAGGCCCAGGUGACCACGAUGUCAUUUUCAUGGUUCUUCCACACUGGCUGGCUGGAAACUGGUCAUGACUGUUCCACUAAGGAAGGAGAUUUAUUUGGUUUAUUUAUUUUAUUUGAAAAAAAAAUGUACAGUAUUUAAAAAUAAAAAAAGUCUUCUUUUUCUUGACACUAAAACAUGCGUUACCAGAAGGUUUUCUUUUCAGAAAAAUGACAAUUUGGACUACUGAGAGUUGUAAAAUCCCACUUGUUUUUGUUGGGUCAACUACAGUAUAUUGUUUUUUUUUUUUUUUUAAGGAUCGUCUGGUUGGUUGAUGUGCAAUAUGUUUUGUAUGCAGGUAGUUCUUAAAUAAACUUGAUCUUCCAUGUA